UAAAAAAGCUGUUAGAUGGAUAGUUCCAGAAUCCAGACUCUUAUUUUACAAUUGGGCCUGCUCCAAUCUAUUACAGUAGUAAAUUUAAAGAAAUUUUAAUACUCACAUCUAAGAAAUUCAUAUGGAUAAAUAGACGCGUCAGAAUCCAGAUUCUAAAUUGUACUUAUUUGAGUGGAAUCACAAUCAAUAAAAACCAAUUUUCCUCCCUAAAUAUAUAUCGAUUGAUACAGUACUUUUUUUUGAAAGGGGGGAAAAGGAAGGUGAUCUAUCUAUCGAUCGAUCGAUCAUUAGUCCCAAACCCUAAAACCCAAUUCGGGCGAGGACUGCGAGUCGAGUGCUGUAAUGAUGACCAUAUCUAUGAAGCAUGCACGCUCCUCUUACGCCAACAUCACUUUCUUCAUCCGUACAACGGCUUCUCACGCCCGCCAUUUCUCUUCAUCACCCGCCACUCUUUCUGCUACCUCACCCAUAACCCAACCCUUUAGCGGCAAUUUGAAGAAAGCACUUGCUGGCAUAAGACGAAUAGAUCUGGAAGGCUUAAGGUGGAGGGUAUUUGAUGCCAAAGGCCAGGUUCUUGGGAGGCUCGCAGCUCAGAUAUCAACAGUGGUUCAAGGAAAAGAUAAGCCAACUUACUCACCUCAGUGGGACCAAGGGGAUAUGUGCAUUGUGAUCAAUGCAAAAGAUGUUUGUGUGACGGGAAGGAAACUCACUGAUAAGUUUUACCGAUGGCACACUGGGUAUAUUGGACACCUGAAGGAGAGGAGUUUGAAGGACCAAUUAGCAAAGGACCCCACGGAAGUCAUCCGCAAAGCAGUACUUCGUAUGCUCCCAAGAAACAAAUUACGUGAUGACCGAGACCGCAAAUUGAGAAUAUUUGCGGGCAGCGAGCAUCCCUUUGGUGACCGACCUCUAGAGCGCUAUGUGAUGCCACCUCGGCAGGUCCGUGAAAUGCGGCCCCGUGCCAGGCGGGCCAUGAUUCGGGCUCAAAAGAAGGCCGAGCAACAGCAACAUGGAUCUAUAGAUUCAAAGAAAGGCAAAAAGAGAGAGGUUGUGGAAGCCGAGAGUUAUGCAUAAGAUUGGAGUUAGCCGAUCCUACACUGCCUUGGAACAUGAAAGUCAUUCCUCAUUAUUAUAUACUACGUAUUUAUAUUCAAACUUCAUCGCUUCUAAAUUACAAGUCGAAAAACAUGUUUUCAUCAUAAUGCAUAAAUGAUGUUAGUCAAUAUAUUCCUUCGCCCGAGUUCUGAUCUGGGCAUUUAUUUAAAGGUAACGACAAACAUAAAAAGAGAAAUUGGAAGUCUGUUGCAAGUUGCAACCUAUGGGUGAAUAGGUGAAAACCCCAAGUAUGAUUGUGUUACUCCCUCUGGCUCCUAUUAAAGUUCUCAUUUUGACUUCACACAGAUUAAGAAAAUAAAUUUGACUUUACUGUGGAA